AUGGACUCCCUCACGUCAGUGUCCAAGCGGCAGCGCGCAGCGGAGUCGGACAUUACGAAACUGCAAAAGGAGACAGCUGACCUGCGGAGACGCCUGCAGCAGAUAGAAGUCGGCGAGGACAGGCAGCAGCAGGACAAGCGACUCACCUGCUUGAUCUUCUCCGGGCCGGCGCUGCAGCGCCUGACGAGCCGAGAGGACGCCGCGCGCCUCAUCAAGUCGCUGGUGCAGCAGUACCUGCAACACUCCCUGGAUGGCUCCCAGGUGAAGGCGAUGGUUCGCCUGAAGAACGGUAAAAUACUUACCGAGUUUACCACAGCCACGCCCGGAUCCGAUCGUGACUUCUUGUUUCGAGCUAAGUCCCGGCUACGCGGUUCAGGACUGUAUAUAGCCGAGUCGCUCACACCCCGUCGGCAAGCUAUGUUUGUGGAGCUACUGCAGCUCAAGAGGGAGGGUGUCGUCUUCUCCGUCUUUACCCGGUCCGGAGAUGUGUUCGCGUGCCGGGAGCGUGACUCGGCCCCAAUCCGGGUCAGUGACCUGGAGGCGGUGCGCCGGCUGGCCGGUGACCGCGCGCCCGACCUCCGCGCGCAGGGGCGCACCCAGGCGCGAGGCUCGGGAGGACAGCAGCCAUCGACUCGGAGUGCGGAAGAGAGGGAGCUCGACGGAGGACAGAGGAGGGAGGAGGCAGUCUUCAGUCCUCGGGGCAGGAUGGAGAUGGACACGCGCAGCACUGGUGACGCCACGAACCCAAGCCGGCACGGCUCCUACUCUGGACCGGAUCGCCCUAGCGAGGCGGCGAGCUCGGUCUCCCGCGACGCUGGCGGAGAGCGGAUAUCACUCCUAGACUGCGCUCGUGAGUCGCCAAUCCAGCUGGUGCAGUUGCAAUCCAGUUCCCCACCAAUCGAAGAGGGAGUAUCUGAGGCUGACGUCGAAGGCGGCGGCGUCCCGAUCGUGCCCCGUGCGGGGCUCGGCGCCAGAGUCCGACGGAGUGGUGUCCCAGGACCUGAGCGCCGGAGGAGUUGCUGCGUUGUCCGUGGCUGCGGCGGCGGGUUCGGCGCGGCGCGCGGCGGUGGCGACUUCCGAGGCGUGCCCGCGGGCCCUGGUGUCGGAGACUGCGGCCUCUGGAUCGACGCGAGGAGAACAUUCCUUCCGAAGCAUGUGAGGCCCACGCUUAGUGCUAUUGCUGCAAGAAAGAAGAAGCAGAAGCCGGCUCCUCCAGAGCCGAGGUCUUCUUAUAUUGAAUGGAACUACCCGGCCGAGCUGUUUGCCUUCUCGGCGCGUCUGGGAGAGUCGGUGGACGAACCGCUGCUGCGGCGGGCGCUGACGGAGCGGUCCCACAUGCUGCAGAGCCAGGCCGAGCGGCGGCGGCUCGGCCUGCCCGAGAACGAGGCGGACUCGGCCAGUAACUCUGAUCUGGCCGAGCGCGGCUCGGACAUAAUGACGUCUUACAUCAGCGGCUGGCUGCGCUCCGCCCUGCCCCUGCUCCCGGAGGAGGGCGUGCAGUCCGUGACGUCAUAUCUGACGUCACAACAGGAGCUAAACCAAUUGGCCUCGGGCAUCGGUCUCAAAGACAUCGUCCUCUCUGAGGAGUACCCUCCCUCCGAGGAGACGAUGGCCCGGUGCCUGCGCGCGUUCGUGGCCGCUCUGGCCGAAUCCUCGGGCGAGGAGCGUGCGCAGCUGUUUGUCCGGGACUUUGUGCUGGCCCGGCUGGCCACGGUCGAUCUCACUGCCGUCUGGCAGAUCGAGGAUCCGCUCUCUGUGCUGUCUGACGUGCUCCGGCGCUGCGGCCGGGAGCCGCCGGAACCGCGGCUCCUGCGCUCCGCCGGACCCGGCUCCUUAUUGGCCGCAUAUGUUGUCGGCGUCUACUCGGACCGCAAACUGAUGGGCUAUGCCCCGGGCGACUCGGUCUCGGAGGCCACCGGACUGGCGGCGCGCGCCGCGCUCAACCAGCUGAUGGGCGUCUCAGAGCGGAGCGCUCCGCUCGACAUCCGCGCCGAGCGGACGCUGCGGCACGCGCCGGCGGCCGCCCUGACCGAGUGGAGGCCGCUCUGAGGCGGAGCGCGGAGCCGCUCUCUCUGCGCACCUCGCAGGGAGGGAGGGUGUGGGUGUGAUAACGUGUCGAGGCAGUGCCAGAGAAUGUUGGGUGAUCGAGGGUAGGUAAAACGUUUGGUGUGAUGCGAGUGAGUGAUCGCCGUUGGUAGGCCGAUGGUCGUUAGUCGUUACCUGGCGGAGAAAUUAUGAGACAAGGGACAUUGAGAGUAUGGUCGAAGGCUGUAGUUGCUCGGGAAUUAAGAACGUGAGGUGAAUGCAAGCUGUACGAUGGGACUACGACCGCCUUUUUUUGCCGACGGUUAUCUUGUCAGAUAUUGAUACCGGAACACCACGAUACGGCAUUAUGCACCAUCAUGGCUUAUGCAAUUUAAAUGAAACACGAAAUGAGUGAUCAUGGCAUAUUAUACACUCACAAUUUGAAAUUUGA